AUGACCUCCGUCGCAACAGACCUUCCAUACGCCGCCGAGGCCGAGUCCUCGCUGAACUACGAUGAGCUCGAGGUCCUCCGUAACCAGUACUACAAGGAGAUUGAGAGCGGACAUGUGACGACCCAGUCCAAGUUCAACUACGGAUGGGGCCUCGUCAAGUCGAGCACUGCUGAGCUUCAGACCGAGGGCGUAAAGCUUUUGCAGGAAAUCUACUCGGCUUCACCUAGCCACAGGCGCGAGUGCUCGUAUUACAUUGCCGUCGGGUACUACAAGCUGCGUAACUAUACCUAUGCGCGCAAGUUUAACGACCUCCUCCUCGCCGUCGAGCCCGAGAACAUGCAAGCCCAGAGCUUGCGGCAGGUUAUUGACCGCGCCGUCAGCCGCGACGGGUACAUUGGCAUGGGUAUCCUGGCAGGUGCGGCAGCCGUGACGGGUCUGGUGGCGACGGCACUGAUCAAGCGCUCGCGGAGGUAG